GGCAAAUUUGAGAUCCAAGAAGUUCCAGUCUGGAGGGAGAAAAAAGACGGAUGUCAGACAUUAGGCGUUUUCUUCUUACUGGACAGAAGCUGGCCCAGAAGUACGACCACCAGCGGGAGCAGGAGCUUCGAGAAUGGAUCGAGGGGGUGACAGGGCGCCGCAUCGGCAACAACUUCAUGGACGGCCUCAAAGAUGGCAUCAUUCUUUGCGAGUUCAUCAACAAACUCCAGCCGGGCUCCGUGAAGAAGGUCAACGAGUCGACCCAAAACUGGCACCAGCUGGAAAACAUCGGCAACUUCAUCAAGGCCAUCACCAAGUAUGGGGUGAAGCCCCACGACAUUUUCGAGGCCAACGACCUGUUUGAGAACACCAACCACACCCAGGUGCAGUCUACCCUCCUGGCCCUGGCCAGCAUGGCCAAGACGAAAGGGAAUAAAGUGAACGUAGGGGUGAAGUACGCGGAGAAGCAGGAACGGAGAUUUGAGCCAGAGAAGCUACGGGAAGGGAGGAACAUCAUCGGGCUUCAGAUGGGCACGAACAAGUUUGCCAGCCAGCAGGGCAUGACGGCCUACGGCACCCGGCGCCACCUGUACGACCCCAAGCUGGGCACGGACCAGCCCCUGGACCAGGCUACCAUCAGCCUGCAGAUGGGCAGCAACAAGGGGGCCAGCCAGAGACCCCCUCACCACCCUCGGAAAAAGGUCCCUUUCCCGGACCCUUACUGCUCCACAAUGCUGUCACCGCUGCAGCCCUGGGACCGGUGA